AUGCUGCUCCGUUCCGGGCGGCGCCUCGCGACCCUUGAGGAAGCAGCACGGGCGACCGUGCCGAGAUGCAGAACAAGGGCAAGGUCGGAUCUUUUCGCCGGCUUGCCGGAGGAGAUCCUGCUUGACAUCCUGCUCCACCUCCCGCCCAAGUCCGUGCUCCGAUGCCGUGCCGUCUGCCAGCUGUGGCGCCGCAUCGCCUCGGACCCCGCGUUCCUCCUCGACCACCACCGCCGCCGGCCGGAGCUCCCCCUAAUGAACUGCGGCGGCCGCCUCAGAGCUCUCCAUCGCCAGGCCCGCAGGAUCCACCCAGUAUUUCGGUUCCCCGAAGCCUUCCCUUUCGGCUUCACCGCCGACGCCUCGUGCGACGGCCUGCUGAUCUCUGGCCAGCACAUCUGCAACCCAACCACGCGGCAGUGGGCGCCUCUCAGCCCCAACCCAAAGCACGGCGUCGAGAACAUCCUCGGCCUCUACCGGCAUCAACCCUCAGGGGAGUACCGCGUGCUCUACUGGAGGUACCCAAACAACCUCUACAACAUGGACUGCCUGAUCGAGUACCGCGUCCUCGCCGUGGGAACCGACGACCCCAGGAUCAUCGAUUGUUCAGCAACCCCGGUUGAAACAGAGCUGAUAAGCAGGGGAGGACCAGCCAUCUACGGCGCAGCAGUCCUUCUCAAUGCCAACCUGCACCUACACUGGAGAAAGUCGUUCGGCGUCCCCUACCACCGAAUCCUGGUGUUCGACACGGUCGCAGAGUCGUUCCGGCACAUGCGCCCGCCGGGCCGUGAACCCCCAUGGGAAAACGCUCGCGCGAUCCGUGGCUCGGAAACGUGGCAUUCACAUGCGCGGGUCGCUUUGUUUCACUCCUCCACGAGCGGCAGCAUUAAUUAA